AUGCUAAAAUUAAAUUAUUAGUCUGAAGAGAGGUAAACUUUUAGCAACUUAGAGGAAAUUUUAAAAGUUGUUGAAAUUGAUGAUUUUGGAAUACCAGAUAUAAAUUUCAAUAAAAAAACAAUUACAUAUUAAAUAAAUCAUUAAAGGUGUAUUAGAUUAUCAGAUUUGAAAUUUUGGAUUGUAAUUAAUGAAUCAUAUUAAAUCAUUAGGUAAAUAACUUAGUUAGAAUUCAUUUAGGAUAAUUACUAGAUUUAUGUCUAAAAUUAUUAUAAAAGGUUAAGUUUUUAGAAUCUAAGAGUAUUCAACAUAAUUACUUGGAUUAAAAUAGAAUAUGGCUCAUAUUAGAUUAAAAUAGUGCUAGUCCUAGUGUCAUUUAUCAAUUUUUAUCAUAUUAAAUACUUUUCACGGGAUAUUAAAGUCCAUGUUAUGAAAGUGGUUUGAAGGUAAUUUAAGCAACUACUUAAAUUAAAAAUAUUGUCAAGCUAUUUUUGGAAGAAUGUAUUGGCAAUAUUAAUUUAAAAAAAAAAACGCCAUAAAAUAAAUAAUAAAUAUUAGAACCAAUAAUUGAGUAAUGCAAAAACAAUUAAAAUAUUUAAGAAAUCAUUAAAUCAAUAGAAAAAAUAUUAUUAUAAUAUCGUUAUUAAGAGAAUAUUCAGAAUAAGUCUUCUUAAUCUUUAGAUAUUGAUGAUGAUAAUAAUUAUGACAGAUAGAAACUAAUAGAAUAAAUAAAUAUCCAAAUAGAUCAAAUUAUUGAAUGUGGAAGUAAGCAUGGAUAGCUGUUAAUUGAGAAACUAUUACACUAUUACAUUCCAAUUAUUAGUAAAUAAUUAGGUUUAAAUUCAAAACUGAAUUUGGAUUACCAAAAUGAAGUCGAGAAAUAAAGAAAUAUUUUAGAUUAGUAAGAGUAAUAAUUUAAAUAAAAAAUUUCAGAUUAAAUUAAAAUUUUAAUAAAAAAUUCAAUAAUUGAGUAUGAAAAGGAUUUUAAGUUUGAAAUUACUGAAUCAGAUUUAAAUUCUAUUGAAAAGGAAAUUAUAAAUUCUAUUAUGGAAUCUUAAUAUAUUAAAUACUUUUAAAAUACAUAUUAACUUCAUCAUAAUACCAAGGAUAUAAUGUAGUCUAAAAUAUAAAUUACAAAUAAAUUUUUAAAUGAAGAAGUUAAAGAUAAAAUAUCAUUAUUCUAUAUGUUUAAAAUAUUAGAAUUGAUUGAUAAUUUGAUAUGA